AUGAGAGCCCAAGCAAGUAGAAAGUUGGGAAAGCUCUUGGAUGAUGAUCAUGCUGAUCCUGGUGAUGAUCAAAACGGAGAUCCUUGCGAGGAUGGCCCUGAGGAAGAAGAGCAGCAACCUGCCAAGAAACGCCGCAGACGCACUUGCAAAGUCAAGCAGCCCACUCUAGAAGAGAGAAGGAUUGCAGCUGCAAAGGCAUACCUUGGCUCAGUUGGCGUCACUUGGCAACGCCACCAGGGGUUUCAUUCACGCUUUGCAGUUGCCAGCUCAGAGUACAAAUGUGUGGCCUACAGAAAGAUGGUUGCUAAGCUGAUGGAGGGUGAGUUCCCAUCGUGCCUGACCUGUACGUCUAUGUUGACUCAGCAUGGGUUCAAUAUGGACACAUUCCAGGGGAGAUUGCGGGAGGCUUCUGCUGAUCCAUCACUACCCUCACCAGCAACCAACCAGAUCUCCAACCUUCUUCAAGGUCUCUCUCUGCAGUAUCCUUUAGAUGGAAAUCUGGACUUGAUUCCGCUUCAAGAUGCUCCUGCUGCAGAUGGUGAAGCUGCAGGAGGCAGUAAUCAAGAUGCCGGUGAGGAUGAUGCUGAGGUUGAAGACUUGGACAGUGUCCUCCGCCAGUCGAAGUUUUUUGAGAUUUUGGAUGCAGGACUCCAUGACAAGCGGGUGCCUGUUAGGAACUUCAUCAGACAACAUUGCCGAGGUGACGGGCACAUUGCUGCAGUAUCAGCAUAUGUGCGGGAUCAGGAUCCACAAGUGGAAUCAGCAGCACUGGCAGAUGCAGUUCAGCAGAGGCUCUUUAUGAGCAAUGUGAAUUCUGAAGACACUCUCGCAGAUUUCCGUGAGACGGCAAUGUUCAAAGCUGAUGAAAAGAAGGGAAAUGAGCUGGCAAAUCUGGAAUUGGAGGCCUUGCAAAAGUAUGUGCGAGGGGCAUGGCUCAGAAGCCCAAAGGAGUUUUUCACCGAUGUGGCAAGCUAUUUCUACAACUCAGUAGUCCAGCCCUGCUUGCUUGUCAACAUUCAGGACUGCAAUGGUGAGCUGCGGCAGAUGGCCAGCCAAUUCACUGCAGAUUUGGCGUGUGGAAAACUCAGCGAAUUGGGCCAGCUGGCUGCAAGAAUUGCAAAGGCCUCAUGUGAUGGUCGCCUGACUGGAAACCCUGCAGUGAUGGGGCUGAUCCUACAAGCCAUGGACAGGUUGGAAAGAGACGCCCGGGGGGUAGAAAGUCUCAAAGGUGUGAGGAAGAUGUCAGAUUUGGAACGGAGCAUGGUGAGUGAAGCAGGGCUGAUGCUUGCCAGCAAUAGCUGCAACAGAGAGCUCAUGAAAGAACUGGGGUUCAACAAAGACAGGGUUCUCAGAAACCACAGCCGCGUUGAUUCUUUGCUUGCAGAUUCCCUUCCAUGUCCGGCCCUAGCUUUGAUGCACCCAAACAUCUUGGACACCAAUAUGUCCCUCAUUGACUCUUUGGAGCCUCGUUGUGCCGAGUCUGGCCAGAAGGAUAGGUUUGUGGUAUGUUUGGACUUCACAUACCUUUUGCCAAUGCGCACCAGUAUGAUUUUGCAUUCUGCUCGAGGCAUGGUCGGAGGGGCUUUCAGUUUAGAUGAUUGCGUCCAGGAGCAUCCAGCAUGCUUUCAAGAUGUUGCUGCCAAGCAGGAUAGGGAUGGCCGUCUCAAAGCCAACAGGAUGUUGGAGCUUUUGGUUUGGGAUCCUUCUUCAGAGCAGAAAUUUUUCUGGACCCCAAUGUCGUUGCCAAUCAACUUGAAAGCCUUGAACUCUGAGACCACAGACUCCUCCUUUGACCCUGAGUUUGCAAAUCAUUGGUACCAUUUUCCUGCCCUGUAUGAGAUUUUCCGUAUGCUGGAUGCAUUUAUGGUGCGUGCCUUCCCAUUUGUGAAGCUGUUCGUGUUUGACGGUGAGUCAUGCAACAGCGUGUUGCGGCAUGUGAUCCAUGGCACAGCAGAUUCAAGUACCCGGAGAAAACUCCUCUCUACGCAGUUCUUUUCCCAGCUCAACCAUGCAAGCAUCCCAGGGUUCGAGGCAUUGCCUCGCGUGCCAAUGAAGCAUUGCACAACAGAUGCUGGGAGGAGCCUCUAUGCUUUGUGUGGUGCAGCUCAUGCCAUGAAGAAUGCAUGUGGUCAACUCAUGUCUUCAGGCAGAGUUCUGUUCUUUGGGCACUAUUUUGCUGACGCGUCAGGUGGGUUGGCCCUUGGAUUACCACUUCCAGCCUUUGCCCGCAAAGAUGCGAUGAGCGAUCGGCUGAGUGCACUCUUGUGUAACCCGCUCUUUCUACUGAGGGAUGAAGCACCAGCUGUGUGCUCCGGGAUGUCCUUGGAAGAGAGAUGCGAAAUUUCCCUGAGCGGACUGAUUGUGCAAGAUUUAUGGAGGAUGUUGGGUGCUCAAAAAGAGCAAAAGGAACGUUUGCCCAAGGGUCUGAGCACAAUGGCCCCGCAGACGGUUCAGAACAUGCAGCUGAUCGCAAUGACCACUGCCAACAUUUGCGCAACAAAAGAGGACACCUUCCAUCCAUGGAAGGGCGCCGCCCACUCCUUGAGUGAGAUUCACAUUGAAGGAAUGUUUGGACGGUACAGAGGUCAGUAUCAGCAUUCUGAUUUGACAGCAAGAGGCUAUUGGAAUGCGAAUGCCAGGGUAGCCAGACAGCAGGCAGCAAAGAUGGCUCGAUCCAAACCAUCAGCCCCACAUCAUGAAAAGGAGCCACCACUGGAUAUCAAACAGUUGAGAGCAUGUGUGCAGCGCGCAUUGAGUUCAGCGCUUCUCCUUGCAUCCAAAUGCAGUGAUGUGCCAGUGCAAGACUUGGAGCGAAUCUACAGGGUUGAGUCUAGAGUGGAUUUCUUCCAAUGCGAGGAUGCUCCUUGUGAAGAGAUGAUAGAAGAAUUGGAGGCGGAGGACCUUGAAGCUCAAGAGCAGGAUGACCGCAAGAAUGAAGUUUCAAAAGUUCUAUCUCAAAUCCAGGGGAUUGCUGAGGAGGAGUUUGCAGACGACAGUGAAGAUGCUGCUCGCCGGCCACAGCGAGAUCCUGAUGAGAGCCUUCCUGACGGAAAGAUCCUCAUUGACUUGACGGCCAAUGACGACUCGGGUGACCCUGGUUUGUUCCCGGAGUUUCCAAGAACAUUGGCCGAAGCUUUGCUCGGUGAUGGAAACAUGUGGGGGCGACUCUGGCAGCUGACAACGCACUUGCGCUGUGGAAAGCAUGGCAUGGAUACCCUCUACUUGCGAAAAGCGGAGCAAAUCCGAAAGAAGGCAACCAAAAUGAAUUGGCAUCAGACCCUGGAGCAUGAAAACAAGCUCUUGCGAGAGGCUGAGAAUGAAACCAUGUCCGGACAGCGCGCCUCGCGCAUGGCAAGAUGGAUCCAGACCUCUCAAGAUCUGCGUGCACAUGCAGGUUUCAAAGACCCAGAGACCAUUCAGAGUGGAUCCGUGGUAGCUUUGAACUUGGGAGAUGGGCUUGCGCCGUGUGCUGCCAUCAUCUUGACAUUGUGGAGCCUGGCAAAGAAACCAAAACCGUGUGGACAGGUUUGUACUGUCAAAGCUGCUCAUGCCUUCAGAGCUGUCCUAUUGAGAGCCUCCGAUGACAAUCCAGGAGAUUUUGACACCACGCAAUCUGUCAGCAAGUUCAUUCCUGAGCAAGUGAUUGCAAUCUUGGAUGUUGAGGAUGGGGAUCUGGCGGCUGGCAAGGUGUCUUUGACUGAGGCAUCAAAUAUGGCAUUAGCAAAGCUGAUGGCUGCUGAUCUUCCGGCCGUUCCAGCUCUUGCAGAAAGAUGUGGGCGCCGUGGACGGAAGAGAAAGGCAGCUGCACCCACCACGGUGUCUUUCAAGCAUGUCCACAAGAGACUCCGUGAACGUACCAAGGCAAAACAUGCCGAGGGAAAAGCAACUGAUCAGUUCAGUGAAAAUACUUUUGUGCCUGCAGACUUCCGCCGAUCAGCCAAGGGCCGAAAGACUAUGGCCUAUGCUGUGCAGAGAUUGGUGGAUUUGGACCGACUUGUUUUUUCCAAUGCGCCAUUGUUUGAUCCCCGCACCAACAUGUGCACUCACAAGGGGUUGGCUGACAUGUCUGUACAGAGCUUAACAGGUCGUGUACCAAUCGUUUUCCAGCAGCUAUAUUUUCAGAUCCGUUCUCCCGAAGCAUUCGGGGAGAGGGUGUUUUCUGAUGUCAAAGCAAUGUUUCAAGAAUUGCGUGAUGUACAGCCAGGACGCAAGAAGUUUAUUGCAUUGCUAAAGGAUGUGAAGGCAUCUGGCGGCUGUGCAAAGUUGCAUGUGUAG